AGAUGCACAUCACAUUCUUUUAAACGCAAUCUGGUAACUUCUCAGCUGCUGCAAGAAGGAAAAGAUGGCAACACAAGAAGUGAAGAAGCCAAAAUCUCUGGACGAAAUUAUCAAAAUAAUCUAUAAAAAAACCACAUCUGAUGAAACCAUCAUCAAGGAUGAGCUGCAGAACAUCUUGGAGGCUUACGAAAGCAACCCUGACGAGUGGAAGAGAUAUGUGUAUUUUGACAAAAACAGGUACACAAGGAACUUGGUUGAUGACGGCAAAGGAAAGUUCACUGUGAUGAUCAUCUGUUGGGGAGAAGGAAUCGCCAGUGACAUCCACGACCACCCCAAGUCCGACUGCUUCAUGAAGAUCCUGCAGGGUGACGUCAAGGAGGCACUCUUCGACUGGCCCAAAGGGGAGGGAUGCAAGAUGACUGAGAGGUUUCACACAACCCUGAAGGAAAACCAGGUGUCCUUCAUGGACGACUCCAUUGGCUUGCACCGUGUGGGAAAUGUCAGCGACACCAAGUGCGCAGUCAGUUUGCACGUUUACAUCCCCCCAAUUGAUCGCUGUGACAUCUUUGACGAGCUCACCGGCCACAUGACAACAAUCAAAUUGGAUUACGAUAGCAGAUAUGGAGUGAGGACUUAAUCUCACAACAGCAGCAAAGGAGAACAACUUGUUAUGAUCCGCUGCCCGGAUCAUAUUUCUGUUUGGGUUUUCGGGUCACGUGUGUUUUCUGUUAGUCUUGGACUCAUUUUGUUCCUGUCUGUGCACCUUUGAGUUGGUUACCAUAGUUACAUAUUAAUUCCACCUGCCGCUUGUGUUUCUAAUGCGCACCUGUUGUAAUCACUGACAUUAUUUAAGCCUGCCUUUUCCAGUCAGUCAGCCUGGCUUCUUUAUUUCAAUCAAUCAAUCAAUGGUUAUUUAUAUAGCCCUAAAUCACAAGUGUCUCAAAGGGCUGCACAAGCCACAACGACAUCCUCGGUACAGAGCCCACAUAAGGGCAAGGAAAAACUCACCCCAGUGGGACAGCCUUAGCUUCCGGUGCGCUCGGCACCUUUUCGAGUCGGUUUGUUUUCUGUUUUGUACCUGUUUUGUGUUGUUUUAUUAUUAAAUCAAGUUGUUACCUGCAA